AUGUUCAUAAUCAGCACUCACUCGGGAAUUGCUGUAGGUUUAAACAAGGGCCACAAGGUUACCGCUAAGGAAGUUUCUCCAAAAAUCUCAUACAGAAAGGGUGCUUUAUCGAAAAGAACCGCUUUUGUCAGAUCAAUCGUUCAAGAAGUUUCAGGAUUAGCUCCAUAUGAAAGAAGAUUAAUUGAAUUAAUUAGAAAUGCUGGUGAAAAGAGAGCUAAGAAAUUAGCUAAAAAGAGAUUGGGUACUCACAAGAGAGCUUUAAGAAAAGUAGAAGAAAUGAACAAAAUAAUUGCUGAAUCAAGAAGACACUAA